UCCAAUGAAACACAGCUCUUUGCUCCCCACAAUCUCUAACACAAACUUCUGGUGUUUAAAGCAUCAGAUGGAUUAAAUCACUGUUUCCCACUUAUAUAUACCUCACUUUCUUCUUUAUGCUAACACGGACACAUACACCGGACAUGACACUACGUAGUAUAUGUCUUGUGUGGUCUAUGUGCCAAUGUGAACGUGUGAUCGAAGGCAUACCGGACAUUGACACAAUACAUGUGAUUCAAUUCAAUUGAUUCAUUUUCUCAAAUUAUUAUUGGUGUGUUAGUGUCAAUGUUUUGUCUGAUGUUGGAGUUUAUGUCAGUGCUUCAAUGAUUAAUAUUAAUUUUAAAAUAUAGAAGUGAUUAAAUGUAACUACAUGAUCAGUAUUAGUGUUGAACAACAACACGUGUCGAACACCAAAAAUACAUUUGAUCGGAAUUGUGAGAAUUUAAUUCACAUAUUCACAUCAUGUUGGUCCCACACAAAACUCCUCCUCAUCAUAUAAAAUCAUGGCUAGAGUUAAUGUUUGAUUAUUCUAAACUGACCAUCAUACUACACUACUCUCAAUCAUUUCAAACCCUUUGAUAUCAUCUUACCAUUCUUGAAAUAGCUUCAUCCUCUUGUAGCAUAUUCCUCAUCAUACUUCACCCUCUACUAAACAAACACUUUUGCAUAACUUGAUUCAAGUUUCAAAACUUGCAAAAACCAUAAAAAAGACUCACUGCACCAUGUCCCUAGCAGGACUUAUUGUAGACCAAGAAAUGAAUCACAAGAGAUCAUUCCACAGAAGAAAUGAUUCUGGUGAACUUGAUGUGUUUGAAGCAUCAAGAUACUUCUCAGGAUACAAUGAAGUUAUUGGAUACACUACUGGCUCCACACAAAAGAUGGUAAGAGAAGAAAGGUUUGGACAUAAAGGAAGAAUAAGCUUAGACAUGCCAAUGAGAAGCUUACUUCCACAACAAUUUAAUGGAGGGGUUGAUCAAAAACAAGUGAAAGAGAAGAAACACAACAAACAACCUAGUUCACCGGGUGGUCGACUCGCAAGUUUCUUGAACUCUCUUUUCAAUCAAUCAACAUCUAAAAAGAAGAAAUCAAAAUCAAGUUCACAAUCCAUGAAAGACGAAGACGAGAGUCCCGGUGGAAGAAGAAGGAGAAGAAGUAGCAUUAGUCAUUUCAGAAGCUCUAGCACUGCAGAUUCAAGGACUAUUUACUCUUUAAACUCGGGUUUUCGAACUCCUCCUUAUGUACAAACUCCAACAAAAGGGUGCAAGGAAUUCAAAACCUUAUUAUCUGAUCAAAAGAAUGAAUUUUCUUUCAAGAAACCAUCAAACACUUUGCAAAGUGAGUUUUGUUGGGAUGAUAAGAAAAAGAGAGACUCAACUUUGUUGGAUAAUAACUACAAACAGUUGGUGGACAAAAAAUUCUUAGCAGUAGAAGAGGAAAAGGUUAUAAGAAAAUUCAAUGAAAUUGAUGAUGGUGCUGAAAGUGAUUCAAGUUCUGAUCUGUUUGAAUUGCAAAACUAUGAAUUGAGUCACUAUUCAAGUGGUUUACCUGUCUAUGAAACUACCAACAUGGAUAAUAUCAAGAGAGGAGCAACGAUUUCGGUGGUCUAGUCCAUACCGAACUUCUUUAAAUGGCGCGCCUCGUAAACCGACGGUGGGAUUGAACUCCUCAGAUAUGCCGAGUUUUUUUUUAUAAGAAAAAAGGAGGAGCAACAAUUUCUAAUGUCCCUUUGUGAUGAUUAUGAUAUAAUGUAAAAUUGAUUUCUAGUUAAUUUGUUUCAUGUUGAAUUAGUUAUAAUUAAUUAGAAACUAUGAAAAGGGAAAUAUGUUAGAUUUUGCUUGUUUUGUUUUCCCUCUGGAUUUGAUUUCCAACCUUCUUUCAAUACUUUUUUCUCUGUUUGUACUUUGUACAAUUUGGAAUGUUUGCUUGUCUUACUCUACCUAAUUUUUAUUAUUUUAGAUUGCAAAAGCAUAACUAAAAUGUCAUCAAGUGAUUAGUGGCUUGUGAUUAGAUUAGUUUAGCCGUGAUUUUAGGUUUAUCAAGUGUCAUUUGGGUUGCAAUUAUGUACAAUUAUAGACCUUUUUUUAGAUGAAAUAAUCAUUGUGAGCUUUAA